GGCUCAGGGGUCCUGAUGCUGCUGUGUUAUAUUAGCGUUAGCCUGUAGCGCGACGCGUGAGUCUCCUUCAUCUGUCGCCGGUUUCUCCGUGUCCCGGUUCUGCUCACGGGUUCUGCUCACGCGUUCACCGAUAUAAUGGCUGUUCCUCCGGCGUACGCAGACCUGGGAAAGGCUGCAAAGGACGUCUUCAACAAGGGCUACGGUUUUGGGACGGUGAAGCUUGAUGUUAAAACCAAGUCUGCUAACGGAGUGGAGUUUAAAACAUGUGGCACGUCUAACAUGGACUCAAACAAGGUCAACGGGAACCUGGAGACCAAGUAUAAAUGGGCCGAGUACGGACUGACCUUCACUGAGAAGUGGAGCACGGACAACACGCUGGGCACGGAGAUCAGCGUGGAGGACCAGAUCACCAAAGGACUGAAGCUGACCUUUGACACGACCUUCUCACCAAACACUGGGUACGAUGACGUGAACAGUCGCUGGGGUAUAUUUGUAGCAAUAGCCAACGUGGGCUGUGAUGUGGAUUUCGACUUCGCCGGUCCUGCCAUCCACGGAGCAGCGGUGCUGGGAUACGAGGGCUGGCUCGCCGGAUACCAGAUGACCUUUGACACCGCCAGGUCCAAAAUGACCCGCAGCAACUUCGCAAUCGGAUACAAGACCGGAGACUUCCAGCUGCACACUAAUGUGAAUGAUGGGAUGGAGUUUGGCGGCUCCAUCUAUCAGAAAGUGAGUGAUGAUCUGGAGACGGCGGUGAAUCUGGCCUGGACCGCCGGCAAUAACAACUCACGCUUCGGCAUCUCCGCCAAAUACAUGCUGGACUCCAGCUCCUCUAUUAGUGCUAAAGUGAAUAAUUCCAGCCUGGUUGGGAUCGGCUACACUCAGACCCUCAGACCAGGAGUGAAGCUGACGCUUUCUGCCCUGGUUGAUGGAAAGAACGUCAACGCUGGAGGCCAUAAACUGGGUCUGGGGCUCGAGCUGGAGGCGUAACACCCGGCGCGUUGCGUUUCUCACGAGAUCAUCCGGGAAGGGAAGAGUCUGAAAUCUCCACACGCAGACAAACGCUGAACCCAAACCUGCGCCUUGUCUCUUAUUUAUUUGCAGCACUACCGUUUCUGUCAAUAUUUCUCUCCAAAACGGCACUUUCAAUCUGUACGUGCAUUUUCUUAGGAAUAGGUAACCAAAAAUGUAAAUUAUUAUUAUUUACUCAUCCUCAUGUUGUUGCAAACCUUUAUUUUGCUAUAUCUAAAUAUUUAUGCAGCUCUUUUUUUCUAAACAACAACAGUGACCACGACUGUCAAAAAAAAAAAAGCACACAAUAUAAAAUAAUCUAUAUGAUUUGUGCACUACAUACAAAGCUUUAUGUGAG